ACGUUCGUGACUAGCGUUAGCCAGUGCUAGCCAGCAAAGAUGGCUGACAUGGGGAAGAGGUCCCAGCACGACGUGUAGCGUUAACUCCAGAGCGAUAACGUUUGCUAAGCAACACGGGAGAUACAUUUUCGUGCUCUAUUCAGACAGCGGUACUCUUUGUCUGAGAUGGACGACGUGGAGAUUACAGAUGUCGAAGACGACAACUCGCCUUACCGGGUGGAGAAGGCGCCUCUCACCAACCAGGACCUGAGCUCCCUGAGCCUGACCGUCGGAGAGCUUCUGUCCCAGUAUGGAUGGUACCUGCUGGCUGUGACUGUUCUGGUCUACCUGCUCAUCCAGCACCUGAGCAAGAGGAGAUCCAGCCAGAGCUCCAGCAGCUCGCCCCAACAAACACUGCAAGAUGCAGCGCUGGUGGCAAAAAGACAAGAAGCCAUGGAAGCAGCUCGCAUAAAGAUGCAAGAGGAGCUUGAUGCCAAAGCUGACAUCUUCAGAGAGAAACAAAGACAGCAAGAAGAAGAGAAGAGGAGGCAGAAAAUAGAGAUAUGGGACAGUAUGCAACAGGGAAGAAGUUACAAAGGAACCGCGAAACCUUCUCAGACCACUGAAGAGGCCAGCUCAUCGACAACAGUGUUGAAACCAAAGUCGGACAAGAAGCCACUUCGUACUGCAGACUACAACCCCCUGACUGGACAGGGAGGAAGCUCCGUUUCCUGGAGACCUGGCAGGAGAGGGCCGUCAUCUGGUGGAUGAGGGUAAAGAGGUCAGAGACUUUGGUCUGUGUGACCUCUGACCUCUGGCAUCCUGAUGUGCACACUGACUGACUGAACCAAGCUGACAAUAUCACUAACCCUCUUUUAGUUUUCUACCUGCUCCAUAUUUCCAGUGGGUGUUGAUCAGUUAGCAUCAUUAAUUGCAUCUAUCUUGUUUGACUUGUUAUUUACUCUCUGAUCCCUCAUGAAUCAUACUGUUGAGGGAGAAAUGCAUUCUGGGAUUGAAGGCUUGUAAUGACGCCAUUCCUGUAAUCGGUAUGGAACCAGCAGGUGUGGCUGAUGAAUUUCACAGUCGGUGUGUUUUUUCUCAUAUAUGUUGAAAUGUGUAGCAGCACAGCUGUAGAGUGGAUGUUACUACAGACGCUGCUGCUGGACUACCGGUAUAUUACAAGAAAUAGUACAUUCUGAUGAUAUAGUUAAGUUGGAUCUAUCAAAAUGUAAGAAGGGUAUGUCUAUACUGUACAUGCACAUUUUUGGGCAAUAAAGAUUUGGUGACUGGG